AUGUCAAUGGACAACAGAAAGAGACCUGUGGUCUCCUCCAACUCUGGUAACUCGGUUUACUGGUCCUCCUCGUUUACGCGGCAACCAGCCAGGAUCCUGAUCGUGGAGGCACUGCCCCCCUGGUGGUCAGAGACAUGCAUGGUGCUCUGUGAUGCUCUGGAGAACUUCCUGUCCCUGGCAUGCAGUCUGGACGGCCCCUGCAGGAUACCGCUGCUCAGCCUGUACGCCAUCAGCAGGCAGCAGGAAUGUCUUCUCCCGUUUGUGCAGGUCCGUGGUAACCUGGCCAGGCUGCGUUCCUGUGUGGAGGAGCUGAGGUCUAUUCCAGGUGAAGGAUGCGUCAGAGGAGCAGCCAGAGGAGGAGAGCUGCUGCGUCGGGCGGUGCUGGACAGUCUGCAGCAGUUCAAGCAGUACAUCAGACACACCGGCACUGGCAUCCAGGCCAGCAACAACAUAUCUGUGGAGGUGACUGUGGUGACCAGCCAGCCAGGGAGGGGUGUUGUUCGUCAGCUGGAGAAGGGGCUCAAAGACGCCGACCUGGUGUCACUGAAGCGGCUCCUGGUGGUUCAGAUCUACAGUGCGGCAGAAUGGGGCCAGGACAACCCCUCACCUGAAGACACACACACUGAGACUGAAGACUCUCUGAUGUUGGGGACGGAGGUGGACCUGCAGCGGGUGGAGAACAGCGUGUUCGCCAUGGAGACGGUGUUGAAGGCGUGGCUUCAGGAGCAGGGGGGAGACAGAGAACACCUCCACCUGCUGCUGCCCAGCCCCCUGGAUAACCCCAUUCCAGUGUGUGUAAAGUGUGACAUGCAGGAGCGUCUCAUAAGCCCCGCUCUCAUCCCCCUGAGCCCCAACCUGGGCGUGAAGACAGAGAGCGUCCGGGACUUCCUGCCCGUCACUAAGGGAUCAGCCAAUCAGAGCCAACCGCCACGGAGACUGAAAGUAAUCAAGACUCUGCGUGCAGACGGAGUGUGUGAGAGUGUGCUGUACGGCCUGCCGCUGGUGAUCCGCCCCACCACCUGCUGGCAGCUGGACUGGGAUGAAAUGGAGAGCAACCACAACCUGUUCCACGCUCUCUGCCACACACUCAGGAGUCGUGACUUGUUCCUGCUGCUGCAGGUGGAGCCCGUUCAGCGGUCUGCAGCUGGAGACUCAGGUGUGACCUCCCACUACGUCCUGCAGCCCUCCCCCUCCCUCUCCCUCCUCCUGAAGCCGGUGGUCUCCAGAGAGCUGCUGCUGCCCUGCUCCCUGCCCGCCCCCCCCCUGGAGCCUGCAGCCGACGCCCUACACACCGUACAGGGAUGUCUCUCUCAGCUGGAUGAGGAGUGUGUGUUCAACCCUCUGUCUCUGAGCAGUAACCUGUACCAGCACCUGAGGAGCAGAGGAGCGUUCUCACAGCCUCGAUACCCAUACAGGCUCCAGACAGCGGCACACAGAGAGCAGGCUCAGCCAGCAGAGGGGGCUAAAGCCAGCAGACAGCAGCGACAGCCACAAAACCAGGGGCGCCAACUAGGAAUGAGCAACAAGGUCAGAGCCACUGUGGCCCCCCUGCCCUCUGCCUCCUCCCACACCUCCUCCUCUUCCUCCCUGGGACCUCCUCCUGCGAAGGCCUCUCGUCGGGCCCUGACUCUCCUCAGCAGCAGCAGCGGUGGGGGGAACCCGGCCCCCUCUCGUCAGGAGGAAGACCAUGAUGAUGAGUCCAUGGUUAUACAGUAAGAACACUGGGGGGGGGGGAGAACCUGCCACUUCAAAGGGCUUUGCAGUGAACUACGGUAAUGCUUAGUCAGGACAUUUUUGUAAUCGGUCCCCAUUGUAACGUUGGUGAGUCAUCAGGCAGCUCCAUAAGGGCUUUAAUGACUUUAAAGGAGGGAAACACACACACUAAUGUGUCUGUAAAUACACACAGAACACACACACUGGUUUCCUCUGUAUUUAAUCUCACCACAAGAAUAGCUAGAUCUGAUUUUAACCACCCUCCGUGCAUGAGUGUGUGAGAAAGGAAAGUCUUUACAUCGCUGAGGCAAGAAGAACUUCCAAAAAUGAACAAUGAACGAGGGAAGAAAAGAUGAAAAGAGGGGAAACUGUAGGACAAUGGAAGCCUGGAGGAGUCAGAAAUAUUGAGGCAAUAACUAAAUGUCCAUAUUUCAUCACCCACUUACACACAGCUACUAAAGAAAUCUAGAAAGAGGUUGCAAAAUGAUGCAUAAUACAGCCGCUAUUGUAGAGACGGACUUAUAGAAAAACACACAUAUGCACAUUCCAUUUCCAUUUUGCCCUUAAGCCCCGGCCCGAACACAGCUUCAGUGUUUUAAUGAGACAGAGAAUAAAGCAGCAGACAGAGGGGCCUCUCUGCUCUCCGUCACCCCCACAGCGAGCUCCCUCUCUGGGGGUUGAAAGGCAGCGUGAGGGGGGUGGAUGGAAGGAGCACAGACGAGAGAUAUUUUUUCUUUUUUUUGUAGUAUGUUCUUUAGAUUUGACAUCAUAUGGUUUGAACAUUUCCCAUUGUGGGUGUGAGAUUGUUAAAAGUAUACAAGUCAAACAUAUUCACGAUCAUACGCACUUAUUGGUGAGUCAGACACUCCCUACGUCACUAUUAUUAAUUUAUUCUUCGUCAUGGCGCUUGGUCACACACUUAAUCAGUGUCCCGCCAUUCCACCCCCAUGUUGAACCUUAUAACACUCGAAACUACUACCAGCGGCGAAUGACUUCCUGGCGUUGUGAUGUCACAGGACUUCCUUAUUCGCGGAUUUACAUCCACAACGACCCUUUUGUCUCCGGGGAGAAUUUGACCGGACCUCCAAAGUUGCCCACUGACAUUUUACCCACUUCUCUCUCCGUCCGUAUUCAAUACUUUCUUAAUAAUCACCACAAACUCAGAGACAUCGAGUGUGUGAAUUCCGUAGAUGUGUUCAAAUAGAGCCGCUCUGUCCGCCUAAAGGUCAAAAGGCCAAAGCCAAAGGACGACAGACUCCUCGUUAAAUGUCAAACAAAAGUGUCCCUAUCUGUGUUUGCAGAUUAAUUCUAAUGUCUUGUUGUUGAGGACAUUUUCAGGUCUUCAGGUUUUUUUUUGCCGUUCUAAGAAAGUUCUUUGUUCAUUGUUGUCUUUACGCCUCCACCACACAAACAGCCCUAUCUCAUAUUGUUGACUCAUUGUUGUUCCCGUUCAGCUUUCAUGUUGUGUGUUCUUUGAAUUGAGCUGUUGUUUGUUCACUAUGUAAGUUAUUUAAGGAUCUUGUAUGUCCGACAUAUUUAUUAAACUUCUCUCAGAUUUGUAUUUUAACAUUGUGUA